UCAAUUUAAUUAUUACUAAAAAAAUGGUAAAAGAAAGUGUUAUGAUUUGUAUUGAUAAUUGUGAAUAUAUGAGAAAUGGUGACUUUGAUCCAACCCGACUCAAGGCACAGGAAGAGGCAGUUUCGAUGGUUAGUCGCUCAAAGAGACGAUCUAAUGCCGAGAAUACCGUUGGACUGUUAACUAUGGCACCGACACCUCAAUUGGUGUCUUCUUUAAGUACAGAUGUCGAUCGUAUGGAAAGACGACUCUGUUUGGUAAAACUGUCCGGUGAGACGAUAAGUCUGAUGACUAGCAUCCGUGUGGCGCACCUGGCGUUGAAGCACAGGGAGUCAAAGACAAACAAAAUGCGAAUUGUUUUGUUUGUCGGCAGUCCUAUCAAUGACGACGAAAAUGAAUUAAUAUUAUUAGCCAAACGACUCAAGAAAGCUAAAGUCAAUGUCGAUGUCGUAAACUUUGGUGAAGAAGUCAUGAAUACGGAUAAAUUGACGGCUUUUAUCAAAGCCAUCGAUAAUACAACAUCUCAUAUGAUAACUAUUUCGUCCGGUUAUGACUUAGCAAAUGCUCUAAAAAAUUCACCGUUAAUUGAAAAUGAAGAAGAAAUGGAUCCAUUCAUAAUGGCAGCCAUACAGGCGUCACUACUCGACCAAGAGUUUCAUGAUAUUGAAGAUCAGUGGCGAAGAAAUGAACAGAGAAUUGAAGUCGAGGACAAAGACAAACAAGAAGUUUUGGACGGUUUAUGUAAUUUAGUUAAAAGUGAAAAAUCUAUUGAUAAAAGUGAUAAUUCAGCAGACAAUGACCGACACGACGACGAUUACAAAGAUGAGACAAAAAUGCCUGACUUUAAUGAGAUGACAGAAGAAGAACAGAUCAGUUAUGCUCUUCAAAUGUCACUCCAAGAGUCGACUGCAAUGUCCAUCGACACACCUAUAGCUCAGAUAGAGAUGACUGACAAUAAUAAAAAGUAAUAAAUUUGACGAUAGAUUAACGUUUUGAUUAAGUUAUUUAAAUUAAUUAAUCUAAUGAUAAUUUCACAGUAAUUUACUGCCAAUAAUAUAAAAUGAUAAACUUUUUUUGGGGGUAAUUACAUAAUUAAUUAUUAACACUUGAGAUAUUAUUAAUG